AAAAAAAAAAAAAAAAAAAAAAAAAAAAAAAAAUUGGAAAAAAAAAAAAAAAAAUCAAGAUAAAAAAAAAAAAAAAAGAAGAAAGAAAAAAAAAAAAAAAUGAAGGAAAAAAAAAAAAUGAAGAGAAAAAAAAAAAUUGAAAAAAAAAAAAAAAAAGAGGAAAAAUUGGAAAAGAAAAAUAAAGAUAAAAAAAAAUUGAAAAAAAAACGAAGAAAUGAAAAUAUAAAGAAAAAAAAUCGAAAGAAAAAAGAAAUUUGAAAUAAAAAAAAAAAAAAAAUUUGGGAAAAAAAAGAAAAAUUGAAAAAAAAAAAAAAAAAUUUGAGAAAAAAACGAAAAAUUAGAAAAAAAAAUCAAGAUGUUAAAGAAAAAAAAAAAAAUAAAAAAAAAAAAAAGGAAAAAAAAAGAGAAAAUCGAGAACAAAGUAAAAAAGAAAAAAAAAAAAUUAAGAAAAAAAUGGAGAUAAAAAAAAAAUUAGAGAAAAAAAAAAAAAAAAAAAAAAAAAAAAAAAAAAAAAAAAAAAAAAAAAAAAAAAAAAAAAAAAAAAAAAAACAAUUCAAAAAG